ACAGUCGACCGGGAACUCAGAGGAAGUGGCAACUGACAGACGACGCUCACCAGCCAGCAUAAAGCACUGAACACUCAAAAUGGAGACCAUGAAGAGUGCAAGGAAAAAUGACACGGGGGAUGUAGGCAGUGAUUUAUCGGAGCAGAUUAAAGCAGCCACAAAGGACAACCACAUCCGAGCUGAAAACACACAGCUGAUGCUGAGCUACCAGAAGGGACAGAUCACUCUGCCCCAGUACAAGGUCCUGCUGUGCUCCCUCUAUGAGAUCUACAAGGCUCUAGAAGAGGAGCUGGACAGGAAUUCUUCCCAUCCAGCUGUGGCUCCGAUAUACUUCCCUCAGGAACUCGCUCGUCUGGAAUCACUGGAACAAGAUCUGGAGCAUUUCUUCGGCUUGGACUGGAGGAAGAGAGUGAUAGUCCCUGCAGCCACUCACAGAUACCAGCAAAGACUACGACAGAUUGGCAGGGAGAACCCAGAGCUGCUGGUGGCCCACGCCUACACUCGCUAUCUGGGGGAUCUCUCGGGUGGACAGGUGCUGGGGAAAAUUACCCAGAAAUCUCUGGGUCUGAGCGGCAAAGAAGGCCUGUCGUUCUUCCUGUUCCCCGGCGUGAGCAGCCCCAACCGCUUCAAGCAGCUGUACAGGAGCCGCAUGAACAGCAUCGAGCUGACGGAGCAGCAGAGGGAGGCGGUGCUGGAGGAGGCCGUGUCGGCCUUCGAGCUCAACAUCCAGGUUUUUGAUGACUUGCAGAAAAUGUUGAGUGUCACAACAGAAACGGCAGACCAACUUCCGACCAGCAGCAGCAGCAGCUUCCCGUCUUCUCCCAUCAUGCAGUUCACCAUGGGAGUGUGUGUGGCACUGGCCACGAUUGGAGUGGGAAUCUAUUCCUUGUAGGCUUCACCUGCAUUUAUACUGGAUACGCACAAACUGCACUUUACUCAUGAGAUAAUGAAAUGAAAUCAAGACUGAAAUGUGUCUCAUCUAUACGUUUAAUCACAGCCAAAACAGCGAUUUACCGUCUCUAACUUCUUUAUGAUUUUUUGAAAUAAAAUAAGCUGUCCCAUCAGAA